UUGCAAAAUAUAUAAACUCGACCUAGUUUCAUUUUACCAUGAGGACACCUUUUGAUCAAUGUUGACGGUAGGACCUAUCAAACAUGUUUCCAGAAUUGAACAGUGUAUUAGACAUCAAAACAACUGACAGUAUCAUUGGGAAAGCUAUCGGUAUUUCUGAAUCAGAUGUCGAUGGAAGUUUUUUGAUCCACCACUUUCUGUCCUUUUUCUUACGAAAUGACCACCCUGUCAGUUUUGUGACGUUUGUUCAAUCUUUCAACCAUUUCAACACAGUGAGCAAGAAAUUUGGACUAGAUCUAGCAGCUAAGCGGAACAAUGGACAGCUUGCAUUCAUCGAAGGACUAAAACUAUUGGGAGAAUCUUUCAUGCUGGACGACAAUGAGAGUCAUGUGUCCAAGGGAGACAAUCCCUUUGUGGAAAGGGGACAAUCCAAUCAUGCAUUAUUACCGUUGUACUGCUAUAUAGAAAAUAUAUGUAAUGAUUUGAUAAAAGAUCACAGUAAGCCCCCAAUAUUGAUAAUCGAUGAUGUAAGUGUUCUUUUGAGCACUGGACACACACUGAAAGAUACUAUUGCCUUUAUCCAAUACUUGCAGAAUUUCGUUUCCAGUCAAAAUGGAAUAGCAGUUUUACACAUCAGCAAAGGAAAACGGUCGUGUGAUGAAGAUGCUGUAGUAGUGUGGAAGCACAUGUGUCAUUUAUUUCCUGUUCUGAUAGAAGUCUGUGGCUUGAGCAGCGGCUAUUGCAGAGAUGUGCAUGGAGAGCUGAAAAUUGCAAAUGACAGUUCCCUACACAAACACCAAGUGAAGAAAAGCAUGCAGUAUAAACUGACAGACAAAUCUAUUGCACUCUUUGCAGCUGGAUUGUCAUCUGCUGUGCUGUGAACUCAAGCUCAAGCAUUUGGAUAUAUAUAUAGAUGUUUCAUUUCUGAGCAAUGUAUGUUGACUAAAGUGACAGUUGUACCACUGAAAUUGUCGAUUUUGAAAUCAGAUGUAUUAAUUAAUAAAUUGUCGAUUUUGAAAUCAGAUGGAUUAAAUAAUGAUCUGCCAUUAACAGUUUAAUCUG